UUGUUAUUACAUACAGAAAUCACAAAACAAUAAAACGCCAUAAAUUAUUAUGGACUUGGAUAACGGUAUACAAGUUUUACGCGUGGAGUCUCUGAGAGACUUCUACCCGGACGGUUUACCAGAGUUCGACGACAACGCUGACGACAACAACAAGGAGAAUCAACCCGAACCCGAACCCGAACCCAAACCCGCUGUCACUAAUCUAGUAGUUGAAGAUCAGAGGCCAGGCGAGGCCCUUCCUCCCGCCGAUGAUGGCAACAACCACCUCAGCAGUACGGCUCUGCCAACACCUCGGGCUAUUCGGCGUCAGCGCCAUGCACACCGCAUAUUAUCGCCUUAUAAGUGCAACGUGUGCCACAAGUAUGUACGUGGCGGAGUCAUUACGAUAUGUGGUCAUAUGUUUUGCUGGGUCUGCCUCUGGCCGACACUGCACGGUCGGAACCAUCCCAAGUGCCCGAGAUGCCAGCGGCGCUUGAUUCUACACGAGGACAUAAUGCCCUUUCAUGGAGAGGGACCGACUGCUGGCGCCGAUGAUGCCAACAUUGUGGCCCAGCCCGGCAAUGUGCCUCGCCCCAGUGGCUUGUAUCUGAGCGAGCCGAACUAUCCCUAUUGGUUCACCGUUAACGAUACCCAAAUUGGAUUGGACCGUCGUUUGGAGGAGAUGCUGCUUCGGCUACAGCAGGGCUUCCCGCGCAUGUGGAGGGUGAUGCAGUGGCUCAAUUCGUUUCAGUUGAUCUGUGUAGCCCUAAUGUUCGUUUUGUGGGCCAUUGUGUCCUGGAAGUAGCGAACUGUACUCUGAGUGGCUGCCGUCCAUGGAGGGCGUUAAGUGUUUUUGGAAGAAGGCGUCAAAAUUAUUUAACACAUAACGCACUACUUGGAUCCAUGCCUGUUCUUUUUUGUCCAAAUGCUUGCUUCUUAGUUCAAUUUGCUUUAAAAUGUAUUCACAAAGAAAAUAUCUGAA